AUGUCUUUGUUGAAUAUCAUCUCCCUUGCGCUUGUCGUAGCGUUGACUCGCGCUGGUCCUAUCCUCAACAAUCCAUCCCGAGUCCUCCGCCGCGAUGCACCCGCGCCUUCUGCCUACCCGCUUGACAGUGCUUGCGGCAAUGAGUGGCAGUACCUGAACUUCAAUACCACCGUUGCCACUGAUAGGGUCCAUCUCCAGACCCUUCACGAUGUCAUCUGCGGUGGCGAAAUGCGCGCCAUCUCCAGCUAUGGCCAAAUCUCGGCUCAGAACGUCAAUGCGCCCUACAAACGCUACUUCCCGGAAAGCGACGACGAAGAUGACUACCCCACCAAUGUCAAAGAUGUCUUAGGUCUAAUCGCAGGCGCGAGCAGCACCGACGGAGCUAUCGGAACCGUUGUCGGAACGUUUGUUGUGGAUAAUCUUGGUAAGCUGCUUCAGCUCCGCUUUCCAAUUUCCUCUGUUUUCGAUUCUCUUUGGCAAUCUCCUCUGACCCCUUCGAUAGACUUUGCCGCGAACGUUCCAGGGGCGUCUGACUGCACCGUCGAGGGCACCCUGGCCUAUACACUCGAGGACCAAGUCGACGACCUCGAGAAGAUCCAUUUCUGUGAUCUCUCGUGGACCCGUGGAGAAGCUAGCGACGUCGACUGCGCCUCUUUGGACCCCUUUCCUAGCACGAAGAUGGACUCCUUCUCGCGCAUCGCGUUGCAUGAAAUGAUGCACUACAGCUCCAUUGGCCCUAAUACGCCUGUGGGGGAGACUAUCGGAGACUGUAAAAAUGCAGAUUCGGAGCCGGCGAACGAUCCUCCGCGUGUGCAUGGCCUUCUUGAUCCAAACCAAGACGAUAACCCCGCCGUCACUGAGAUCAAUGCCGAUAGCUACGCUUGGAUGUCGCUAGACGCUUGGAUGAGUCAAAACUGCAUCGCAGGUUCGGAUACUAACAACUGGGCAUCCUUUUUCACUCAGAACCCACCGCCGUACAACGAGUGA